ACAGAGCCGCCGCCGCGCUCCGCCCUCAGCCCGGCGCCGGGCGGGCCCGGGGACCCGGAGCGCCCCACACUCCGCCGCCGGCAGCUGCUGCUGCGCGGGCCCCGCCGCACUGGGCCGCAGGAGAAAAACUUUGUAUUGAAAAUGGAAGUUGAUGUGACUGGAGAGUCCAGGACUGCCCUCUCCACCCUCUCUGUGCCUCUUGCUGAGGUGAGUUCUGCAGUUAGGAUGGAAGCAGAAAAGCCACGCUGUUCCAGCACCCCCUGCUCACCAUUGAGGAGGACAGUUGCAGGAUAUCAGAUCCUUCACAUGGAUUCUAACUACCUGGUUAGUUUCACAACUGGAAAGGAACUGCUAAAAUUGGCCCAUAAGUAUAUUGGAAGUGAAGAGAAUAAAGGAGAAUCUGGUCCUAACUUGGGCUCCAAACAUCUUGAUUCAGGACUUUCACAUUCCUCACGUUUGUACAAAACUAGAAGUAGGUACUACCAGCCCUAUGAGAUCCCAGCAGUAAAUGGAAGGAGGAGGAGAUGGAUGCCCAGCUCAGGGGAUAAAUACAAUAAAAGUUUACCAUAUGAGCCUUACAAAGCACUUCAUGGUCCCCUGCCUCUCUGCCUUUUGAAAGGUAAAAGGGUUCAUUCAAAAUCCCUAGACUACCUCAAUUUAGACAAAAUGAGCAUUAAGGAACCUGCUGACACAGAAGUGCUACAAUACCAGCUCCAACACCUUACUAUUCGAGGGGAUCGUAUGUUUGCAAGGAAUAGCACAUGAGCUAUGACAAAUUAAGAAAUUGUUUCUGAUCUUUGUCUGUUGCUGCAGAAAUCCACUGUUGUACUGUGUACAUGACUGUCCACAUUGUAGGUGGGUUUAUCAACUCAAUCUUACCAGGAAGUAAUUUAUUUAAAUACAGUCUUGGCAAUGCAGUGUUCUACAAGUAUUUGGAGAGCAAAAUCUUUCCUGAUCCAGCAGCUUCUCAUGCAGGUUUGACUGCAACUAGUGGAUAUUUUUUUGAUGAAGAUGCAACUAGUGGAUAUUUCUUUGGACACAUUUUAACAAAAAAAAAAAAGCUUUUGAUUUUUGUGGGGUUUUUUUUCCUGUGCUGCUAUAUCUAGUGUUUACAGUAAUUCAACACUGAAAAAUUUGUGAUGUCUGCUUGGUUGUUGCUAAUUUUGGCUUGAUAUUUGAAACUGCUCUUGGAUAAGUACCCAAGGAGGUUUUUUGGGUUUACUUUUUGUUUCUGUUGUAAAAUGUAUACAUUUUUCUUGCAGCAUGGACAGGAAAGUAAGCUUGACUGGAUAAAUCACUUGCGAUUUAAACAAUCCAAUUCAUACAUUUUGAGACUGCACUUGUACUGGUGAUGUGGGUGAGAUUUAUUCAUAAAAGAAACGUUUGCUACUUGAAUCCUAUUUAAACUGUUUUUUUAGUUUUUGCAUGGAAGUAAUUGCUUUGUCCUUUUUAUUUUAUAAAACAUGUUCAGAAUAAAUCUUUAAGUUAUUUAAAGCAAAUCUUUCAGGAAGUAAAGUGGUUUUUUUGGGUUUUGAGGGGGUUUUUUUUUAGAUUUUUUUUACAUUGUCUAGAGACAGAAAAUGGAACGUCUGUACUGGUAUGCUGGUAAUGUUUUUUGAUUUUAAUUUGUAUGUAGUAGCAGAAGGUAUCAACUUCAGCAUAGCUUUAGAAAUUUUGUUGACUUGAAGCACUAAACAUGAGCUCUGGAGGGAAGAUUUUUUUUUCUUGACAAGAGUACAAGUGAAAUAUUUCUUGUCAGGGUUGAAGAGAUGAUCUUGAAUUUUGCAGCAGAAUAAUGUACUGGGUUACUUUUGUUAAUAAAUUUUUAUCCAAAUAUGACAUCAAA